AUGGAGAUCUCCUUCGAGGCGUGGGAGGGCGUGCAGCGGCACGGCCAGGACCUCGCGGACCGCCUCGCGCAGGGCUUCACGGGCCUGCUCCAGGCGCCGCCGCAGUUCCCGUGGCCCCCCGCGCCGCACAAGCGGAUGCCCUUCGACAUCGACCUCCCCGUCGUCCCCUUCGGCGGCGCCGGCGGCGGGCCCCGCGCCCGCGGCGUCCCGGGGAAGGACUUCUUCCCCUUCCCCGCCGCCGCCGUCUCCUCGGUCAUCGACAUCGGCGGCAGGCUGGGCCAGGCCGGCGCCGAGCUCGGGGCGUCCGUAGGCGGGGCCGUGCAGCACGCCGUGAGCCAUCUGCCCGUGCCGUUCCGGAACGGCCAGAUCCGCCGGCGCAAACUGCCGCCGCCAUCGCCGCCGCCGCCUCAGGCGCCCCUGCCCCCCGCGGCUUCGGUGGGCGAGGGGGCGGUAGGGCUCUCCGUCGAAAGGGCUGCUGUGGAUAGGUGCCCCCUCGAGGCGGCGGCGGCGGCCGCCGCUGCGGUGACCGGGAGCGCUGCCGCAUCGAGCGUCAGCGGUCAUGUUGGCGGAGACGAUUUGGACGAGGACGACGAGGGUUUCGGCUGCGAUAUUGGGACUCUUGGGAACUAUAAGAAGGCUAACGGCACUGUAAAUAUGUCGGCAACAUACAAUACCAGGACUCAGGACAUCGAGAGUUCUGUUGUUGCACGUGGGGACCUCUGGAGGCUAGAGGCAUCGCGUGGCGGAUCAACUUCUGGAAAUGAUACUUCGCCCCUGUACCUUGUUCAGUUGGGGCCUCUACUAUUUGUUCGAGACUCUACGCUUCUCUUGCCUGUUCAUCUUUCAAAGCAACACCUGCUUUGGUAUGGUUAUGAUCGCAAGAAUGGAGUCCAUUCCCUCUGUCCAGCUAUAUGGUCAAAACAUAGGAGAUGGUUGAUGAUGUCAAUGAUGUGUCUCAAUCCAAUAGCUUGUUCGUUUAUGGAUCUGCAAUUCCCUAAUGGGCAACUGACAUAUGUUGCUGGUGAGGGGAUAUCAGCCAGUGGUUUUCUUCCGUUAUUUGGUGGGUUGCUUCAAGCUCAUGGAAAAUAUCCUGGAGAAACAAGAGUGAGCUUUUCUUGCAAGAAUAAGCGUGGCACAAGGUUCGCUCCUAUGUUUCAAUGGCCCGACAAGUCUGUUUCAUUAGGAGUUACACAACCCUUGGCAUGGAAAAGAUCUGGUCUUAUGGUGAGACCCAGCAUACAAGUCAGUGUGUGCCCUACGUUUGGAGGAAGUGAUCCUGGGGUACGUGCAGAAGUUGUCCAUUCAUUGAAAGAGGAAUUGAAUCUGAUGUGUGGCCUCUCUUGCUCACGGCAUCCAUCGGCUUAUACUGCUCUCUCGAUUGGACGAUCAAAGUGGAAUGGUCAAGUGGGUAGUUCUGGAGUGGUAAUCACUUUGGAAACACCUCUUAAUAACAUUGGAAGGCCGUCCUUAUCUGUUCAACUGAAUGGUGGUUUUGAGUUGUGA